AUGGACGUGGAUAAUGCCAGCAGUCCGGCGUCCACGCCCGCGGAGGACCGACGCAAGUCAGGCCGGGCGACGCGAAGACCCGAGGUCUUCUCGCAAACCAAUCACUCGAUCAUCGAAUCAAACACAACCACCAAACGGAAGCGUGGCGAUGCGCUUGAUCAAUCCGACAGUGAAAAUGAACUCUCCGAGUCCGACAGUGAUGAUGCCGAGGAUGAUGAGCCCGACGAGGAAGAGAUUCGAGAGAAGCGACGUACCGUCCGGAAAAAAGGGCCCAAAAAAGCACCCACCAAAAAACGCACCCCCGCCGCGAAGAAGCCCAAGGUUGCAGGGAAUGGCGUGGGGAGACAGCUCGCGUUUCGACCCGCAACGAACAGCCGGCCACCCGCUUCACGCCCGCGCAAGGUGAGAGCCCGACCAAGUCUAGCUUCUGGUGAGCAGGGCUUGUAUGCCGAGGUUUUUGGAAAAAGCAACAACUCCGAGACAGCCGCGGCGCAGUGGCUCAGUCAAUACGAAAAAAACCCCGCUAUUGCUAUGCGCGACCUGGUCAAUUUCAUCCUUCGGUGCACAGGCGACAACUUGGAGAUCACCGAGGAGCAGGUGGUAGAGGUGGACCAUGCGCCCGAGCAUAUCACAGAGCUUCAAGAGGUCUACAUCGCACACAAGAUUCCAGAAUACCCCCUCGCGUCUAAAGACAAGAGGUAUCGUGCCUUUCAACCAGUACUGGAGGAAUUCUUCGCCGCACUAGUGCAAACUUUCCACCACUCUUCCAUCUUGUACACGGACGUUGCCCUCCUCGAGAAUAUCCAGAUUUGGAUCUCUUGUAUCUCCACAGCGGGCAUUCGGCCGUUCCGCCACACUGCAACCAUCAUAUCAUUGGCCAUGACUUCAGCUCUGUGCACAGUUGCACGGGAAGUGAUGACCACUGUGACCACUUCCCGCAAGCAACUCGAGAAUGAAAAGAAGAAAAAGACACAAAACAAAGGCCGAAUUGAAGCCAUCCAAACUGCUGUGUCGGAAGGCGAGGGCAAGAUUGAGCGUUUGGACGAGUUCCUGCAGGAUGGCUUCGAUACUGUCUUCGUCCAUCGCUAUCGGGAUGUCGAUGGUGUGAUUCGCGGCGAAUGCUUAGCCUCCCUGGGCAAGUGGAUCGCGACAUACAGAGAGAUGUUCUUUGAGGGCCAGUAUCUUCGAUAUCUGGGAUGGACUCUUGCCGACGUUGUUGCACAUACACGAUUGAUUGUCCUGGAGCAAUUACUACCUCUCUACGAAAACAAGGAUAAUAUUGCGGUCCUUCACUCGUUUACGGAUCGAUUCCGCCCCAGAAUUGUGGAGAUGGCUUCUCAGGAUGCGGACAUCAACGUCCGUGUGGCGGCUAUUGAAUUGUUAAUUCACCUGCGCGAGGGGGGUCUGCUUGAACCUGGUGAUAUCGACGCUGUGGGUAAGUUGGUGUUCGACGUCGACCCCCGAGUCCGAAGAGUAGCAGGCCGUUUCUUUGCCGCCAAUGUGCAAGAUGCAUUCGAGUCGUCGAUCGAGGAAGUUUCUGACGAAGUGAACGAAUUGUUCGCCGAGGAUGAGGAUGAGGACGAGUUUGAAUCACCCAAGCGUUCAUGGAUCAAGUUCAAGACCUUGGUAGAAAUCUUCCAGGCCUACGACGAUCAAGGCGAGGACAAAACAUCCGAGUCUGUGCGCAACGUGCUGUCCGGCGCGCCAGCCGCCUCCCGCUUCGUGCUUGCCACAGAGGCCAUUUACCCAUUUGUGGAAGAGCUUUCCCAAUGGCAGUCUCUUGCUGGAUAUCUGCUCUACGAUCAUUCUCAGAUUGAGGACGAGCCCGAAGAGGAUGAUGCUACAGGCCUGGUACGAACGUUGUACAAAAUGAACGAAGGGCAAGAAUCCAUUCUUCUGGAGAUUCUUUGCGCCGCCGUCAAGCUUCGUGUGCUCGACAUUGCAAAGUCCGAUAUCCACAAGCGCGGCCGCAAAGUCAAGGCGUUGACGGCGAAGAUCCCUGAGUUGCAGGAAGAAAUUUCACACGGAUUGGCCCAGAUCAUCCCACAACUUCUCAACAAAUUUGGAUCUGCCCCGGAAGCGGCCUCUGCAGUGCUGCGCCUCGAGCAUCUUGUGGAUUUGGACACCAUCCAGGACCUGCAGAAGGAUGCGACAGCGUACACGACCUUGCUGAACGAUAUCAACAAGCAAUUCCUCACUCACUCGGAUCAGGAUGUACUCGCUGAAGCUAGUGUGGCCUUCUUGCAUGCGAAGAGUUCCGAGGAGAUGCGGGAAGCGCUUGAGGGGAAGAUCCAGGAGCUUUGGGAUGAUAUGCUUGACACUUUGGUCGCGCUGUGGCGGAAAAAGGAAGUGCAAGCUGGUGCCUAUAUUCCCGAUCCCACCAUUACUGAGCUCGCUAACACUGUGACGCGAAUUGUCAAUCUCUCUGCCAUUAUCGAUUGUACAAGUAUCCUCGAGGCAGUCCCCAAGGCCCACUCCAAAUCCAAGAAAGAGAUAUCAGAGGCCCCCUUCAACAUUCUUUUACAUCUCGUUCAGCGGGGAACGCGCCAAUUGGACGAGGAUGAAGACAUUGCCCGGGCGGAGACAGAGACUGUCGUCAACAGCAUUCGUGUCUUGCUCUUCUACUUUAUGUGGAAGGUCCAGGCGCUUGCAACAGCGUUGAAGGAUGGACAGGCAUCGUUCUCUACGUCAUAUUUCGAAGCACUCGCCAAGGGCCGUGAGGUCUUCGCCUCUGCUCUGCUCGCCAUCAUGCAAGAGCGAAGCGGUUUCGACGAUUUGAGGUUCGUCGCUGCUACGACCUACCUAGACCUGCACACGCUCUUCGGCACGCUUCGCAAUGUUGGACAGGGUGUGGGCAAUAAUGAAGAUGUUCUCUUCCAAGCCCAAGGUCUUAUACAUGAGAUUCCUGUCCAAGGCCAGAACCUAAUCGUCAAAAUCCAAACGCUUGCUGAGCGAUUGUUUGCCAAAAAGUCAAAACGUGGCCUGGAACCCGCGGAGGAUGACGAGCCAGCAUCUGAGGAUGAGCCCGAGGACGAUGAGGAUGAGGAGGCGAGUGACUCCGACGACGAGGCCGCUGCCAACCAGCGACUCCGAAAUAGCAUGGUCGCCGAGCAGCGGUUGUGCGAGCUUACCGGUAAGCUGGUGCUUGCCAUCAUUGGCCGAGUGAUCGACGCUUCUGGGUCACGCCGGGGCUCUCUCAAGAAGCGUCUUCUUCGUCACAAGAACAUUCUGGGUCACAAUUAUCGGGAAGUCCUAUCGUACUUGGAGGAGCGCAAACCUCGCAAAGUGCCUCGUAAUCGCACAAAACGAGCUUCUACGGGUGCUGCCGCCGAUGGUGAGGAUUCUGCCGGCAAGAAAGACUUCAAGUCCGCCGAGCGUAUUGACGAUGACGAUGAAGACGACGAGGAGGGGGCUGAACAUGAGAAUGAAGCUGAACCUGACGACCACGCAGAGGACGAGGAUGAGGCCGACAAUGCCGAGCCAAUCGAAGACGACGACGAGGAAGACCUGCGCAACCGCGGCCUCCUGGAAGAGGAUAUCGAUCGAGACGGUGACGAGAAUGAGAAUGACGAGGACGGUGCCUCUGCCUCUGAAUCGGAUGAAGAUGAGGUGAUGGGUGAUUAA